UUUUUUUUUCUUUCUCUGUGGCCACUUAUAUAUAUAUUUUUUUAUUGGAGUAUAGUUGCUUUACAAUAUUGUGUUAGUUUCUUCUGGACAGCAAAGUGAAUCAGCUAUACGUAUACCUAUAUCCCCUCUUUUUUGGAUUUCCUUCCCAUUUAGGUCACCACGGAGCACUGAGCAGAGUUCCCUGUGCUAUACAGUAGGUUCUCAUUGGCUGUCUGCUUUAUACAUAGUAUUAAUAGUGUAUAUGUGUCAAUCCCAAUCUCCCAGUUCAUCCCCCCCGCCGCCCCGCUUCCCCCUUGGCCAGAGGCCUCAGCGGCCAGGGAACAGGGUCUUGUCUGAGCCAGGGUAGGGGCUGCUCUGCCUUCCUGCUCCCACGGUUGGCUCCUGGCUCCAGCUGGGAGGCCGGCCCUGCAUACCUGCCUUCCCACUGGAAGUGCCGUCUUCCGUCCUCCCUGCGCUGCGGCACCAACCAGCAGCCCUCAGAGGCCUCGCUGAGCUGCUGGUAUCUCCCGCCGGGCCGCUGGGCGGAUCUGACAUCAUAGCCUCAGGUAAGUCACUGGGGGCUAAGUGGGUGUUCCCAGCUGAGGAAGGGUGGGUCACACACCGGCUCCCUCUCCCAGCCCCAGCGGCUCCCCAUCUCUGCCCAGGUCCCAGGGUGACACAGGAGGCUGCAGCUGGUGCCCUGGGCCAUGGCCUGGACACAUUCCCUCCUCACCCAGGGCAGCUUCCAAGGACCUGCUGCAGUUCUGCCCAGUCCCAGGGGAUUCCUAGCUGGAGAACAAGCCCUCAAGGCAGGAUCAUCAGGGCCAAGCCCUGACUGGGCUGGAGGAGUGAGGUGUCGCUGAGUAAAGGCCUGGGGGGACCCCUGAGUGUCUCCCUCAGCUGCCUCAGGGGCAGGUGGAGAGCAAGGGCUCUGAUUCCACGGGCUGUGGCCCCGGCCAGUGCCCUCCUGGCUCCUGGUGACCUUUGCCGGCACCUUGGGCUGCACGGAGGCUGCUGGCUGUGGCAUCUCUCCCCAGUGCUCUGCCGUCCCACUCCCACUGUUUGCUGUGGCUCACAGCUUCCCCCUUCCUCAGGUCACCUUGGAGGUCAGAGAAUCUCCCCCACUCUCGCGUGGAUCCUGGCCCAGCCUGGCCCCGGCAGCAGGCGGCACGGGAUGAGGGCUCCCUUGCCAGUCCCUCCUCCCUGCCUUUGUCUCUUCCUGCCCGUGGGCUCGGCUGGGGUGUGGAGGGAGGGAGGGCCACUCUUCCCAUCCAGGCCCUGGGUCACUAGCACCUCAUAACUUUCUCUUCCACUGAGGACACAGCCAGCAGCUCCUGCCAUGGACAGGGGGUACCUGGGUGAGUCCCCUGAACCCCAUCCCCCCACCUUCUCAGACUCUGACACAGGUGUCCGCCCCAUCACUUUCAAGUGCACCCCCAGCUUCCCAGGAGUACAGGAAAAGCAGAAACAAGGAGAGGCGGGAUUUCUAGACAAGGGCAUCUCGGUAUGGGUCCUGGGCGUGCCGUCAUCUCUGCUCCCAGCAUCUCUGAGCUGCAAGAGCUGGGAAGGCAACUUGUGCAACAGCCCCCUUUCUGUCUGUGUGUCCAUCUGUCUGUCCACCUGCAGGAACUCUGAAGCCGGACUGCUGGGUUCAGAGCUUGGUUCCCCCACUUCGUAGCUGCCUGACCUCUGGCAAAAUCCACAGUGGCUUACAAAGAUAGACAAAAUGUACUAAGAUACCAAGAUAAUGUAUAGUAAGGAGGUACCAGUGUCUGUGUGGAGGGCCCCAGGAGUUUUGGGAGUACAGCCAUGGGGGCUUUCUAGCUCUGGUUUUGUCCCUGACUGGGUGUUUCAGGCAAAUCCCUCAACCUCCCUGUCCUCAGUCUUCCUGGGCUGCCCAGUGGGGAUCAUGGCGCUGCCCUGGCCACCUUCAGGGUCAUUGUGGAGUCAAUGACCAGCUCAGUUUCUUUAUCUGCGGAAUGGAGCAAACGUGCAUUCGGCAGGACAAUGCAUGCAAGAACUUGACACACGCUCAGCCCCUACCGAAGGUUAGCUCUGUUGUAUUUUCGUGAAUAUUCAUCACUUGACCCUGAAAGCAGAAGAGCUGAAUGGGUGUCUCGGCUCCUGGUCUGCAGGCCGUGACAUUUCCUCUUUCCAUCUCACCCUCAUGUUCAUUCUGCUGGAAGGUGGUUGGCUUUUCUGGGUCUGACGGUGUAUGACAGUAACGAUAAUGACACUUACUGUGUACCAGGCCCCCUGCCACACCCUUUACUGCAUUACCUCACUUUCUACUCAUCACAACCCAUUCUACAGAUGAGGAGACUGAGGCACACAGAGGUUAAGUCACUUGACAGAGGCCAUAUACUGAGCAAGUGCAGGAGCCAGGAAGUGAACUCAAACCUUGAUCCCACUGCCACUGCUCCAGGAAGAUUAAUAGAUGGAGUCCUUUUGAAGGGCUAACCCACCCCUGAUGAGCGCUGACUGCUGACCUUGGCCCUUUGGCUAUAACUGAGCAUCAGCCUCUACUGGAAGCCAAUUCGACUGAUUAGAACUCAGUUAGGAAUGUGAGCUACCCAGCGCUGCGGUCCCCAAGCCAGGCACUCUCCCCGAAGCAGAGGCCGCGGGAAGAGGGCAGUGGGACGUGCCCGUCUGCGGGGGGACAUGGCAGGAUUGUCAACAGAUGAUGGUGGCAGCCCCAAGGAGGACGUGGACCCAUUCUCCUAUGACUAUGAGACUGUCCGCAACGGGGGCCUGAUCUUCGCUGCCCUGGCCUUCGUCGUGGGGCUUAUCAUCAUCCUCAGCAGACGAUUCCGCUGCGGGGGCAGGAAGAAGCACCGGCAAGUUCACGAAGAUGAGCUGUAAUGAGAGAGCCAGUCGUGUCCACCAUUGCACCGGGGCCGCUUGGGAAGCCCUCCCUGAGCUAUAGGUCUUUGUACCCAGGACUGCCAGGCCCUCGGGCUGAAGGAAGCCCCGGGCUCCGCAUGACCCCUGGGUGGGCAUCGCCUCCUCCCACCCCGU